UCCCUUCUACGCGACGGUUUCGUCCUGAUCCCCUCUCUACUGAGCGAAUCCGAGCUCUCGACUCUCCGGGGCGCAGCCGCAUCCUCCAUCGCCCGCGCACGCGCCGGCAAAUGGCCAUACAUUCGGACCGUGCCGAAACAAUUCCCGCCAUGGCCGCCGACGCCUGGGCCCGAGGGGAUCUGGGGCGUGCAGCACCUGCUGCACCCAUCGCUGCCGCCCGAGGAGCAGCAAGUGUACGCGCACAGUUACUUUACGGGCAAAAUCAUGCAUCUCAUCAUGGGCAUACUGGGGUGCAGAGAGGAGGACAUGGUGAUGGAGCUGUAUAACAUGCUGGAAGCAGCAACAACAACAACGGCCAAAAAAGCAUUCACAUUGCGCUGGCACCGGGACGACAUACCCGCGAGCGCGUCCGCCGAGGAAGAGCUCGCGCGGCUGUCGCAGCCCGCGCACCACGCGCAGUGGAAUCUGGCACUGUACCCAGACUCUGCGCUUGUCGUGGUUCCCGGGUCGCAUAAACGCGCACGAACAGAAGCAGAGCGUCAAGCUGACUUGUUCGAUGGCGAGGACGAGACUGACGAGAGCGAGAGGGAAAGCCAGAAGAAGAAGAAGAAAAUGCCCGGCCAGAUUCCUGUGACCAUGCAGCCCGGCGAUGUCGUGUUUUAUAACAAUAACAUUCUACAUCGCGGCGUGUAUGAUCGCGAUGCCGAGCGGGCUACGUUGCAUGGCAGCGUGGGUGUCCUGGCGGGCGGGGACACGCGGGCGCGCAAUGUCCUUCAGCAUGGAGUGGGCGAGUGGGUUGAUCGGAUUUCGUUU